AUGAAGUUGGAACUGAAGGAGUUCAUUGAGGCGACCAGGCUCCUUCACGAGCGCCGGGAUCGUGGUGGGGUGAAGCGGACCCGUUUAAUGCUUCGCCUUCGCCCGCACAGCCAUUCGAAAACCUUCAUCAUAAAGUGCACGGACGGGCGCACGACCUACACCACCUCCGUCAGCCAUCAAGGGCAGCUCAAGCUCGUGGAAAACCUCGUGCAGGAUUUCGUUACCGGCUGCACGGCCGACUCCGUGGUGCCGAAACCGACUCACGCGGAAGGAGAGGCGCCUGCACCAGGGUCGCUGUCGCCGCCACCACCACCCGCGGUGAGCGUUCCGCAGAGCAACCCGAACCCCAGUGGUGGGAAAGGCGGUAAAAAGGGAAAGAGAGGAAAGCGGUAA